GUUACGUUGCUCAGGUUUUAUCAGAACGUUUUCAACUGUUAUACGUUGAAGUACGCGCUCUUCAAAACAGCCACACCAAAACAUAGCGCAAGCUAAACGGCUACCAGUGUUAAAAGACUCUGGUUGUCAAAGAACGAAAGUGACGGACAACGGUUCUAGUGUGAGGCAUCGGGCUGCGCUUUGUUUCAAGUGUGGUAACAACGCGAAAAAAGGUUUUUUGGCCAACCUAAAAAGAAAUCAAGAAAAAAACAAAAUUCGAAAUAUAUUGGAAAAAGCCAAAAAAAAGUGAAACCACAAGCAAUACUUGUGGCUUGAUCUGGUGCUUUCUGGUAACCUUUUCAAAAAAAAAUUACUGCAUUUCCUACUCGCAAAAACCAAACAAUCAACCAACCACCUAAAUUCGAAACCUCAAAAAAACGUGAGCGCUUAUUUUGUGUUUAUUUUCGUUUUGUUGCGAUACCAACCAGAACCACAUGGAAACUUGUAAAUUUUAGCUACUCCCUUCAAUUGGUGCAUACAACAAAAAGUUCAAAGUUUGUCUUCCAAAUUUCGUAACGUAAAACAAGCAAAACUGUAUUAAACAAAUUUCUUUAGAGGAAAUUUGUUAAAAAUAAAACAAAUCGUAAAAGAAAACAAAAUAAUUAGGAGUUAACCAACGCAAAAACAAAUCAAUAUAACGAAAAUGACGUCCAAGGAACAAAUUAUGGCGAGUGAGGAGAAGGAUUUGGACAAACCAUCCGGUUUUUUCCAAACCCGCUUCUUUGUCACCUUCAUGCUCUUCCUGGGUAUGGCCAAUGCAUAUGUUAUGCGAACGAAUAUGUCUGUGGCCAUUGUGGCUAUGGUCAAUCACACAGCCAUCAAUGAUGGACAUGAUGAUGUUAUGGAUGAUGAAUGUCCGGACUCAAAUUACACAGAAGUUGAUCAUGGUCAAGAUGGUGAAUUUGCUUGGAACUCUGCCCUGCAAGGUUAUAUUUUGUCUUCCUUUUUCUAUGGCUAUGUCAUAACACAGAUUCCCUUUGGCAUGUUGGCCAAAAAAUAUGGCGCUCUAAAUUUCCUUGGCUAUGGUAUGCUGGUCAAUUCUGUUUUUGCUUUCCUUGUGCCCGUGGCUGCUCGCGAGGGUGGUGUUUGGGGUUUGUGUAUAGUACGAUUCAUUCAAGGUCUAGGCGAAGGACCCAUUGUGCCCUGUACCCAUGCAUUGUUAGCCAAAUGGAUACCACCCAAUGAACGCUCGCGUAUGGGUGCGGCGGUUUAUGCAGGCGCUCAGUUUGGCACUAUUAUAUCUAUGCCCUUGUCUGGCCUGUUGGCUGAAUAUGGUUUCGAUGGAGGCUGGCCCUCAAUUUUCUAUGUUUUCGGCACUGUGGGUACACUUUGGUCGAUUGCUUUCAUUAUUUGGGUAUACGAAGAUCCCUCAGCACAUCCCACCAUUGAUGAGCGUGAAAAGAAAUAUAUCAACACCUCACUGUGGGGCACAACAGAAAUUAAGAGUCCUCCCAUUCCCUUCAAGGCCAUAUUCAAAUGUCUGCCUUUCUAUGCCAUUUUGUUUGCCCACAUGGGUCAUAACUAUGGCUAUGAAACUUUGAUGACCGAAUUGCCCACCUACAUGAAACAGGUUUUGAGAUUUUCUUUGAAAUCAAAUGGUUUGUUGUCCUCAUUACCCUAUUUGGCUAUGUGGAUAUUUUCGAUGAGCAUUUCAGUGGUGGCAGAUUGGAUGAUCUCCUCCAAGCGUUUCAAUCAUACACAAACAAGAAAAGUCAUGAAUUCCAUAGGUCAAUAUGGUCCUGGUUUGGCCUUGAUAGCUGCAUCCUACACUGGAUGUGAUCGUGUACUCACCCUGGCUAUUCUAACUAUCGGCGUGGGCCUGAAUGGUGGCAUAUAUUCCGGUUUCAAAAUCAAUCACUUGGAUUUGACUCCACGUUUUGCUGGCUUCCUUAUGGCCAUAACAAAUUGCUCAGCCAAUUUGGCGGGUCUGCUGGCCCCCAUUGCUGCGGGUAAUUUGAUCAACAAUCAGCCCACCAUUGCCCAAUGGCAAAAGGUAUUCUUCAUUGCUGCCUUCAUUUACAUAAUUGCGGGUACAUUCUUCAACAUCUUUGGCUCGGGCGAACGCCAAUAUUGGGAUAAUCCCGAUAAUGAUGUCAAGGACACCAAUGCCCUGGAAUCACAAACACAAAUUCCCAGCAAUCAAAAUGGCAAUGAUGCCCGGAGACGGAUAUCAGCCAUAAGCGGAAAUCAAUAGUUUGUAAAUAGCAAAAAGAAAAAAAAUGAAACUGCAACAAAAGGCUAAAUCCAUUUUUCUAGUUCAUAAGAGUUUAAGUCAACAUACAAACACAAUUACAAAGAAAAUGAAAAUUAUUUAAAUAUAUUGAACAAAAUGCGCUAAUCAAGCAAUGAAUGAAAUACAAAGAAAACAAAAGACAUGAUUAAUCAGGUGAAUUGAAACGAGAGAAACAAAAUUGUGAAAAACUAUUACUAUAAAGCUAAGUGUUAAACAUAAUAACCAGAUAUAAGUUUGUUUAUUUUGUUUGUAAAGUAUGUAAUUAUUUAUAAAUUUUUAAAAGGAAAUCAUCAUCCAAUUAUGUAUGUAAAUCAUUUUAGUGUUUAGUUAAAAGAUUAAACCGCCCCUUCGGCCACGUCCCCCCACAUACCAUACACAAUUUAUAAUUUAAAUCACCAACGCCCACCCCCGACUUUCCUCUCUCUCUUCCUAGUCCUAUGUACCAUAUAACCCCCAAACUUCUACAACUAAACCAUUGCUAGCACAAAAACAUCAGUAUAAUGAUAAUAAUAAUAAUGAUACAAGCGAAAUUCUAUUUUAUAAUAAAGAUGAAAAAAAAAAAAACAAAAGCACAAAGAAAAAAUUUCUAAAAGAAACCCAAAAGGAGCUUUAAGUACCUCAUCACUUGUGUUAAAAAGCAAACAAGACAUGCUAUAAUUUAUAAAUAAACAGAGGAAAAAACGAUAUUUUUGUAAUAGCUUUUGUAAAUCUUGAAAA